AUGUCUUCGCCAACAACCCAAUACGUCUACAUUCCCAACCUGGUCGGAAGGCAAAUGCUUCGCAUCCCUCUCGACGAGGUCGAGGCAGAGGGCCAAAUUACCCUCUCCUCUGACUGCUCCACCAUGAACAACACCACAUCCUCCACCUACUCUCGCGGGUCAUCACCGUCUCCGAGCCUCCAGAGCGUCGAGAGCGUCCAAUCAAACGAGUGA